UAAACUAUCGUAUAGGUAUGACAUACCUUCAGGAUCGGCUGCUUACAAGUGAUAACUAGAUUAUUAUUUAUGUGAAAAUCUAUUUUUUUUCUGUGAAACAAUAUUUGUUCGGCUUUGGAUAUUUUAAUACUAUUACCGGACUUUACCAACUUGAACGUUAAUAGUGUCCCAUUUACCUGUAUAUUGCCUUUGACAUACCUAUAAGGUGAUCAAUAAACGUCACCAACAGGCGGUACCAGUGUCUACCUUAUAACAUCUGUCUACACACGGGCAACACGGCACAGGCAACCUGGGACAUACGUCACAAACGUGGAGAACCUUUCGGGAAAUCAACGCAGCAUUAUUAAUAAGCUACAACAACCAAUUUAGCUGCAACAGCAACUUCAGCUACAACAACCAAUUUAGCUGCAACAGCAACUUCAGCUACAACCACCACUUUAGCUACAACCACUGGGAUAACAAGCCCUCCCGUGAUGGCGUGCGGGGUGCCAGCCAGCGUGGCGGCCGCCACUGUCGCGUACAAUGACACUAUAGCAACCUACACAUGCAUAUCCGGGUAUUCCAUGUCCGGAGGUAACCAGAUCGUCUGUUCUGGCACCACCUGGACCGGAACUGCACCGACAUGUACUUAUCUCCAACAAGCAGACGACAUCGAUACCAAUGUCAAUGUGUAUAGCUCAGACAUGCCGGAUUGGUUACUGGGAGUACUGGCUGCUGUGGCAUGUGUGGCUGCUCUACUGAUAUUGACCUGUAUCAUCUGCUGUUGCAUGUAUAUGUGUGGGUGUGUGUCGGGGCCCCUGGGUUCCGGAGCCAAUGCUGUACACCCAAUGCACGCACAUGAGUCGUCUUGUUGUUGUUGUAACCAACGACGACGGCGGCGGAGGAGGAGAGGGGACGAUUUCUAUGAUAGUAGAUCUUCUAGUGUGGUGGACAUGCGCAAUGGAAACAGGAAUGAUCAGGUACGAAUAGCGGGCUUUAACUACGCCAAGCCGAAGAAAGGAUACCCCAAGACGACACAAGUGGCUGAGGUGAACUCUACACCAGAUAGCGGGAUGGAUUCCUCCCGUACCACCGAGUCGCCUGCGUUAGUCAAUGGCCAGGUUACGACCAUUCAGGAGCUGAUGCUGAGGGAAAAGCGAACCCAACCAGCGAAGGAAGUCAAGAAGUGGAUGCCUCAUUCUCAUAACGUCCGCAGCAUUAACACGAGUACCAAAUAACGAGACUAUGAAAUUCCCCGUAACGUCUACAACAUAAACACGAGUACCAAAUAACGAGACAAUGCAAUUCCUCGUAACGUCUACAGCACAAACACGAGUACCAAAUAACGAGACAAUGAAAUUCCUCGUAACGACUACAACACAAACACGAGUACCAAAUAACGAGACAAUGAAAUUCCUCGUAACGACUACAACACAAACACGAGUACCAAAUAACGAGACAAUGAAAUUCCCCGUAACUUCCACAACACGAACACGAGUACCAAAUAACGAGACAAUGAAAUUCCUCGUAACGUCUACAAUACGAACACGAGUACCAAAUAACGAGACAAUGAAAUUCCUCGUAACGUCUACAACACGAAAACGAGUACCAAAUAACGAGACAAUGAACACCCCUAAUGUCUACAGCACAAUGUUGGUCACAACACUGGUACCUGGUGGUGAGAAUCCACACUACAAUUUAACUUACCUGUCACAACACGGGACACACUGAUACUUUCACCGUAUAGUUAAGUUUAUUUCGGACAUUUAUUUGAUAAAGUAUCGAACUGAUAUAUUGACCUGUACAUCUAGCUGGCAAACCUUUUAUCAUGAUUUUCGACAUUUGCUUGGUAAACUAUCACUAGAUCGUGGCGUAUUGAGAUAUUGUAUUCUCAUUGUUGAUGAAUUUAUGAAAAGGGAGCUUGUUUGAAUGUCUUUUUCGGAUGUGCAUAUUGAUAAAAUCUCGAUUAUAUAGGGCAAAUAUCAAUACGACAGUGGUAUAAUAUAACAGAGACAAUUUUCGGAUUCGAAGUUUGGAAUUGCAAUCAAAAACUUCUAAUUAACAGGACGAUUAUUUGAGUUAUUUUUUAAAAGUACGUCAUAUUGAUCUGAAGCUGUUUUACGUUAUCACCUAACACCUAGGAUGUAGGUAUCACUUGGCUUGCUUACAGUAGAUAUGUUUCGACUGUUCGGAGACUUCUCAAAAAGAAACACAUAUCAAUUGAAUUACUAAUCAGGUGUGUACCGGAGUAGUCAUUUGUCUGAACAUGCUUAUUUUAAUAACAGCAAAUAUAGAUGUAUAACCCUUCCUAUAAAUGUGACAAUGUGAUGGGAAACAUCUGAUUUGAGGAAAUCACUAGGGUAGCUAAAAUCGCCCUGAAGCGAUCUGAAUUUGGCGUUAGUCAAUUGUUAUGAAGAAAUAUUUACCAUCGUAAACACAUAGAAGCUAUUGUUAUGUUAUAUAGUGACCGUAGUAUUGCGACCUCUUAUUUGUUAUAUUUCAUAAAUCGUUGCCACUAUCAUAUUUAUUUGUUUUCAUGUUAGCGCAUGCUAUCAUAUGUUAAUUAUGGUGUAUAUGAUACAUAACCUAUGAUACUAUUUUUUGUCUUAUGUGGUCACCACCAUUUUAUUUCAUACAUUUUUCUUCAAUCGUAAAACUACUAAAUUGUUAGGCUUUAUAUGCAUAACGGAACCUCGUUAGGGUAGACGCCUCAGGAAGCCGGGUUUUCAGGGCUGUCGAUACUUGAUAUGAAUAUUUUGGUAUAUCAGUGGAGGAAGGGGAUUUUACCAUAUGUUUUACACAGGUAUUUGGUAUGUUUAAUAUUUAUGUAAAUUGAACGUAAUAUUUUCCUACCUAUAACCGCCUUUAGAAAACCUCUAGGACUUCGUCUCAAUGUGUCUCUCAUCACAUGUGGUGAGAUACAUUUUAAUAUAAUGUUUUAAUGUACAAUUAUCCUAGUCUAUUUAUCUGUGCCUUUAUUUCCAUUAACUCUUACCCCUGUAGAGUAGACAGUACUCAUGUCACAAAUACUUAGCCCUAGUUAUCAAACGUCUUCCUGAAGACACACAGUGGAGGGUGAACGAGGCAACGAAAGCAGUAACGACCUUCGUUAAUUAUUACUGUGGAUUGAAGCCAAUUAUCAUUCGUCUAUUAGCUGAUAUUUUAUUGUCGGACGGUUCCUUACAGGACAACAUUCGUUUCAUUUCUAGUGCGUUUCUGUUUAGGCUAAAACCCUACUGCAGGAAUUAUCUUGAUAGAAAGAUUUUAUUUAUUUAUUUGAAGACUUCACGUUGUACUUUUUAUUGAAUGCCUAUAUCAACAGAACAGAAGUUGUGUACAUUCGUUACUGUGAUUCAAUAUGUGGGGAAUAUGUGUACAGUGUCCUGUAACGGCAAACCGUGAAAAUAAAUACAACAGAUAUGUUAUACUGUUUACCAGUAUGUGUAGCUAAUAAUUGGAGCUUUCGUUUACUCAUUAUCACGUUUCAUUUACAUGUAAAACAUAUGUCAUUAAAACGCAUUGUUAUUUAUGUCGAAAGUUUACAGAACAAUUUGUUGAGGAGGAGUGUAAACAAUACACUGUGAUUUUCUAUUUUAUUGGAAUAAAGCAGCAAUGUGUAGCGAAUACCUUUAGUUUUAGUUUACCUAUAAUUUCAUUUACAUGUUAAGUAUAUAUCAUAAUGAUGCCUUGUUAUUUAUAUGUUAUACAUUUUACAGGAUAACUUGUUGAUAAGGAGUGUAGACAAUACUCUGUGAUAUAAACCUGAUUAUACAGUUGUUUUAGUUAUCAUUUUAAUAUCAAUAUACGAGAAAGAUUACAAAUAGCACCAAGAUGAACCACUAUUUAAUAAACAGUAUUUAUAGA